GCUUCUCGCUCUUGCCACGGACAUGCGUGCUAACGGGAACACGCCUUCAUCACGCCAAGCGCCGGAUGGGGUUCGCGUGACAUUUUUGCCUGACAUUUUUAGCUGUGUGCCGGGUCUCACAUUAGAAGGAGUUGCGCUUGUUCUUGCAGAUGGACGAGCAUGUCGCCGCCAGCAGGCCGUGACGUCGCCGCGACGCCAUCGAGGUCGUCAGCAGAGCACCGUUUAAGGACGAGGACGUUUUCGGAAUCCCUUUUUGGGGUGAAUUGAUAUCAGAGCGAAUUAUUGAGGGACCGGGGAGACAUUUUUUUCCCCCCUCCCGCCAUGGAGACUCUUUCCCAAGAUUCCCUGCUGGAAUGCCAGAUCUGCUUCAACUAUUUCAGCCCCCGGCGGCGACCAAAGCUGCUGGACUGCCGCCACACGUGCUGCUCGGUGUGCCUGACGCAGAUGCGCAGCAGCCACAAGGAGAUUCGCUGCCCGUGGUGCCGCGGUGUCACCAAGCUGCCGCCCGGCCUCUCCGUGGCCCACCUGCCCGACGACCCCGUCGCGGCGGGCGCCGUGGCCAUCCCGCGCGCCUACGAGCGCACGCCCGUCUUCAUCCGCCUGCCCGGCAGCGGCUGCUACGUGCUGCCGCUGCCCGCUGACGAAGAACACGCGGCCAGCCUGCUGGCGUGCCGCUUCCUGCCGGGCGGGGGGCAGAAGGGCGUGACGGUCGUUACCGUGCCUGAAGAGAGACGACCUCUGGGCGCCCUUCUGGAGCUGGAGGCCGAGGAUGAGUUGGAGCGGCGGGCCGGGGGUCCGGCGGCGGGCGGGGCGGCCAAGGGGUCCACGUGGUCAGGCGUGUGUACGGUGGUGCUCGUAGCGUGCGUGCUGCUCUUUCUGCUCGGCAUCGUGCUGCACAACAUGUCGUGCAUCUCCAAGCGCUUCACUGUCAUCUCCUGCGGAUGAAGCGCUGCCGGGGUUGACUUUGACCUGCCAAACGACCUUUUCGGAGGUCAACCUUUGGAGACGAAACAUUCCCAAACAAACACUUCCAAGACCUCAUCCAGUCCUUCCUUUCACCCUUUUGUUAUUCUAGGCUCAGGCUUGUCUGAUUGGUUGUUUAGUUCGUGAUGAGUUCAGUUGUUGUGUGUGAGUCAAAGAUUUGAGACUUGGACUCCCAACGAAGUGGGAAAGGACGUCUGUGUGACUUGUCACCUGAGUCCAUGUCGACGAUAAAAUUGUGGCGUUAGAAGACAAAACGUGAUGUGUUUCUUCAUCCGUGUCCACUUUGGAAUUCAGAUUUCAUGCCCGCAUCCAAUUUUGGAACUGUGUAGUUCCAAAUCGAGGUGACAAAUCAGCGUAAAGUCAGUAUAAAUGUUUUUAAACGCAAGUGAAAAACCGUUUUUCUUUGCGAAUGUGUCUUUUGCGUUCUGUUUGUUCACGCUUUUACUGUCGGUGUGCUUUCGGUUUGUGUGAAACACAUUGAGUUAUCUUGUCUAUGAAAUGUGAUAUUUUUAAAUAAAGUAGCCUUGCCUUGCUUCAUUUGUCGGAACUUAAUCAUGGUACCAAGUCA